AUGAUUCAUGGUCCGUAUGGGAAUGCUAAUUUGAACUGUCCUUGCAUGGUUGAUAAAAGAUGUUCAAAAAACUUUCCGAAGAAAUUCACACCACAUAUAACUAUUGAUUCAAGUGGUUUUCCUGUAUACAGAAGAAGAGAUUCAGGUCAUACAGUUAUUAAAUCUGGUGUUAGAUUAGACAACAGAAGUGAUGUUCCUUAUAACAAAAGGCUUUUGAAAAGAUAUCAAGCACACAUUAAUGUUGAAUGGUGUAAUCAAGCCGGUUCAGUGAAAUACUUGUUCAAGUACAUUAACAAAGGCCCUGAUAUGGCUACUGCGGUAGUUUCUGGUGAUACAAAUUCAACCAUUAAGGAAAAGCCAAAAGACGAGAUCAAGGAGUAUUAUGAUUGUAGAUAUAUUUCAACGUGUGAGGCAUCCUGGAGAAUAUUCUCUAAUGAGGUUCAUUAUAGGUAUCCUGCUGUUAUGAGGCUUCCUUUUCAUUUGCCGGGCCAACAGAAUGUUGUGUAUGGUGCGGAUGACGAUAUUGAUAAUGUUUUAAGCAAGCCUUCUGUUUCUUCUUCAAUAUUUGUGCAAUGGAUGAAGUUGAACGAGACAAAUGAAGAUGCUAGAAAGCUGACUUAUGUUGAGUUUCCUUCCAAAUUGGUUUGGAUACUUAAAGAUAGAUGUUGGCACGUACGUAAGUCGUACCAGUGUGUUGGCCGGAUUCAUUCUGUAUCUCCUGCAUUGGGCAAACCUUAUUUUUUGAGGAUACUACCCAAUAAAGUUAAAGGGCCUAGAUCAUUCGAGGAGAUACGUAUAGUUAACGACCAAUUAUUCCCGACUUUUAGAGAUGCUUGCUAUGCGAUGGGACUCUUAGAUGAUGACAAUGAAUACGUUGAGGCCAUUAAAGAAGCAAGUUUAGUGCUUCCUGAAUAUCAGAUUAAGAACCUUACUUUGUUGAAGAUUGAAAACUAUUUAAUUUCCAAUGGUUCAUCAUUACGAAGUUUUCUCACUAUGUCGUACCCUGAUGACGAUUCCUUACGAGAUGCUACUAAUCGUCUGAUCAAUGAAGAGCUGUCACAUGAUAUAGACGAAGUACAAGCUGAGUUUAACAGGUUGCAUCAAUCUCUUAUAGAUGAACAACGAGCGGUUUUUGAUGAAAUAAUGGAAGCAGUAAACGGAAUAGUUUUAAAUGUUGCUUCAAGUGGUAUUGCUUCUUUAUUACUUUUCCGUGGAAGGACAACUCAUUCUCGGUUCCAUAUCCCCAUUAAUCUAACAGAGAAUUCAAUGUGCAAUAUUAAGCCAAACAGUGAUAUUGCCAAACUAUUAAAAGAAACCCAAUUAAUCAUAUGGGACGAAGUACCGAUGGUAUACAAACAUGCCUUUGAAGCUUUAGAUAGGACGAUGACCGACGUAUUUUCGGAAGGUAGGAGUAUUCGUUCGGAUGUUCAUUUUGGAGGUGUCGGAAAAAUAAUCGAGGGUGUCAGUUUAUUUAGGAUUGUUACAAGAGAAUUUGCAAAAUGGCUUAUUGAUAUUGGUGAAGGAAACAUUGGAGAUGAGAAUGAUGGUGAAGCAAUUAUAGAGAUACCAGAUGAUCUACUAAUCACCGAUAUUUGUGACCCAAUACAAACUUUAAUUGACUUCGUAUAUCCUUCAAUUAUUGAACAAUUUAGGAUUCCUGGAUUUUUUUCGGAGCGAGCAAUUCUAGCACCCAAAAAUGAGGUAGUUCAUGAAAUUAACGAUCGAUUGCUUUCGUUAUUUCCUGGUGAUACGAAAGAAUUAGUUCUUAAAGUUGGUGUUCCUGUGAUGCUUCUUCGAAACAUUGAUCAACAGAAAGGGUUAUGUAACGGUACAAGGCUUCAAAUUACUUUUCUUGGUAAACGAGUUAUAGAAGCUGAAGUAAUAUCUGGUGGUAACAUUGGCACGAGAGUUUUUAUUCCAAGGAUUAAUAUGAUCCCGUCUGACAAAAAAAUACCUUUUCAAUUUCAACGAAGACAAUUUCCUUUAUCAGUUUGUUUUGCCAUGACAAUUAACAAGAGUCAAGGACAAUCGUUAUCAAAGGUUGGUCUUUAUUUGAAAGAUCCUAUCUUCACUCAUGGUUUUGUCAUGUAUACUACAUUUGUCAAGUUUCUUGAUAACCUAGAAUCUUUGAAACUGGAUGUACCUAUAGCCUUUGCUAAUCAAAAGUGGGGAAAAAAAAUAAGUUGCGAAUAUAUCAUGAGUCUGGUAAAAAAUGCGUUGUCAGGACCGUUAGGUGAUUUUGGGCUUGAACUUUCAUGUUUUGUGGAUGGCAUGUGUGGUGAAUCUUAUUUCACGUUUAAUCGUUAUGCAAGAUUUGGUUUUACGGUAAUCGAAGACUGCUUCAUUAAACAAUUUUACGUAAACAGCCCACCAAGUGGCAAAUAUCAAAUUUGUUAUAAGGGUUCCUAUUGGAAUGUUGAGGCGUCUAAGUUUGAUACCAACUUUGUAUUUGCUAGAAGAUGGCCGAAAAUGUGCAAGGACGUUGGGAUACUGGAGGAUGAUUUGCUUGUGUUUAGCAGAAUUGAUGAUGUUGUUUUUGACUUAUUGGACAUCUAUGAGGAUGAUGAAGCUGUGUCUGUAGGUGAAGGAAGAACCGUUACUCAGGUUAAGAAGAAAGGCAAAGUUACUUCUGAGAGAAAGGAAACGGUCAAGAGUAUGACUAAGGGAAAUGCUGCCUUACCUGUCGACACAAGUGAUCAUAUUGGAUGUUCUUCAUCUGCUCAUAAAUUUAAGGGGAAGAGAGCCGGCAACGUUCAGAAAAAGCGUAACCGUAGAAAUAACAGUACAAAGACUACAAAAAAACAUUCUGGAAAUCUUCUCGACCCUGAGUUCUUUCAUUUUGAUCACAAAGGAGACUAUAGGUUGCGUCUUCCUGCUGAAGUUGGCAGACGAGCAGGUCUUUCUGUUGAUCUUCAUCCUUUGAAAGUUCAAAACAAGGUUUGA